AUAGGCUGGUGCUGCCUCAGACAAAAAUUUCUGUUAUUGUUUUCAUAAACACUUUUAGGUUGAGUCGAAGCGUGUCGACGAUGCCUCUGAAGCUAACGAAAUUGAAAUUAUUUUUUUAACUUUUGUGCCAUUCGCCCUCGUCUGUGCUGAAGAGGGUUUGCAAAGAUCCGGGUCGAAGUCGAAGACUGUGGAUCGUCUUCGAAGAAAAGAUGGCAGAUUUCGACGCUAUUUACGAGGAAGAGGAGGAAACAAAUCUCGAUGAAAAUUACCACGCGAUGACUGCUCCUGAUCCAGUAGUCGUCAGAGGCGCAGGGAACAUGACAAUAUUUGGCUUGAGCAAUGUCUUUAACACAGAAUUCCCAUCUGGUCUUGUCUCUCGAGUGGCUCCAGAAGAAUUCCAAGCAACGAUCACAAGGAUCAACAGUGAACUCCGCAAAACUCUACCUGUCAAUGUGCGGUGGCUGCUGUGCGGAUGUGUGUGCUGCUGUUGCACCCUUGGCUGCUCCCUGUGGCCAGUUGUAUGCCUCAGUAGAAGGGCACAAUCAUCCCUGACCAAGCUGCUGGACUAUGAGAACUCAAGGCUGUAUAACAAAUUAGGGCUUCAUUGGAGACUAGCCAAAAGAAGGUGUGACUCGUCGUCAAUGAUGGAAUAUGUUUUGCUUGUGGAGUUUGUACCGAAAAUUCCAAUCUACAGACCAGAUUGAUGGCUUCCAGACAGCAUUUUUACCGUUCCUGAAUGUACAUUACAUCUAGGCAGUAGGAAAGUAUCACAAUUUAUUUAUUUUUAGCCUUUCAAAGUGAUCAUAGCAGUAAUGGGCACCCCUUGGUCUUUGCUAGCAAUUAAUUCAAUUAUUAGAGUCUUUGAUUAUACUCGUUAAAUAAGGGUCAAGGCGGCUCAAAAACUGAAUUUAAAAUGGUUGGAAAUUGAGAUAUGUGUAUGCUUAACUAUUGUGGAAUGGUGUAAAUAUCUGGGUUAAGAGGCCAGUAGUGUGUGGGAAAACGACUUCUUUCUGAUUAGCAGAGUGGCGUCACAAGCUAAGUAUGAGAAAAGUUUCAUUGAUAUGGUUAAAAGAAAUGUUUGCUUUUGAAAUUGUUUUGGUGCCAAUUUGCAACGCCUAACUAGCUUUGAGAAAAUCUUAAAAACAGUGUGGAUAAAUUUCAAGAGAGUUCACAAUUUACUCCCCACUUUUCACCAUCCAGAAUUAUGGAGCGGAAAAUACGAAUACAUCCAUUUAAAUUUUAACUUUUGAGCAGUCUCGUCGAUAUCAUAGACAUUGAGAUACUCUAGUUGGCAAAAACGGUUUACUCAGGGGUUGGGUCGCCACUCUCACUCUCAGAAUUUGCUUGCAGUGACAAUGCUGUUGCAACUUUGCUAUCGUGUAUGUACAAUAAAAUGGAGAUUUUUAUUAAAAUUGAUGAUGAUUUUAAAUGAAAUGUGAUAUGGGUGUUUUGCAAGGAGUACAUUAUUGCAUAUAGGUAGAUUUAGAAACUGUCGUGUUUAAUAUAUUUGCUAUUUCCAAAUGAGUGCUCCCAAUGUCUGCUCGCACAUUUUGCCACGAUUCAAGCACACAAAUUUAAAGCACCAUGUAGAAAUUAACAUUUCUUGUAAUAGCACAAGUAUGAGAGUGCGCCCAACCUGACAAAUACUUUUACAACUCGUGACAAGCUUAUUGUGACUAUUUACUUAAAUGUAUGUUAAAUAUGUAUAAUAUAUCAUGAAAAAUGGAGAUGUUUGAUCUGCAAGCAGUGCAAUCAUUAGCCGCCACUCGCUGUGAGGAUGUGCUACAAUAAUUGUUAACAUUAUGAAACUGGAGAAGAAGCAGCUUCCAGCAGAUUUCAAAAUUAUUUUCAAAAAAUGAUAUCAGAUAUAUUUUAAUCUUUACAUCAACUAUUGUUUCCUUUCUCCUUGAUGGAAAACUAAUUUGGUAUCAUCGUUGGAAUGAUUCAAUACUGUCUCAAAACUCAUGUGGCCAUAACGAGCUGAUCAAUGAUACUGAUUAUUAUUACUACGCUGGAAUUAAUUAAUAUGUAACUGAGCAUGAACUCUUCAAAUAAAUUGAAUUCAUUAUGUAAA